AUGCCUCCCGCCAUCGCGCUGCUACUCGCGCAGCUGGUGCUGUGCGGCUGCGUCUCGCCGGCGGUGUCUGCCGAUGCCGUCGUCCCCAGGCGGGUGCUGCACCAGCCGCUCUUCCCCAUUGAGUGGACUCCGCCCCCUUCGCCGCCGCCUCCACCGGCGCCGGACUUCACCUCCGACCCCAGCCCUCCCGUGGCCACGCCCGAUGCCCCUCCCGUGGCCACGCCCGAUGCCCCUCCCGGCGACUUCUUCCCUCCGGCACCGCCGGUGUCCAGUGAUGGUGGUGGCGGUGGCGGUGGCGGCACGGUUUCGUCCCCUCCAAACACCGUCACCGCCGAUGUCUCCACCCCGCCCUCUCCCACUGCUGCUGGCCACGGCCCCAAGAAGGCGACCAUAGUGGCGGCCGGGGCAGCCGCCGCCGCAGGGGUCGCUCUGCUCGGCUUCGCCUGCGCUUUCCUCAUCACCGGCCGCGCCCGCCGCCGCUGCGACUCGCAGAAGCUGCUCGGCCCCGACGGCGGGCCGGCGCUCCGCCGCACGGCCCCCUCCGCCACUGACUUCCUCUACGUCGGCACGGUGGAGCCCACCACGCCCGCGCACCAGCGCGGGCCCACCAGUGCCGAUCUCGCCGGGUCCCCGUACCGCAAGCUGCGGAACGAGCGCGCGCGGCGCGCGGUGUGCCGCGACGAGGCCACCGACCACCCGAGCCCGGAGCUCCGGCCGCUCCCGCCGCUGCGGCGCGCCACCACGAUGGGCUCCUCCGACGAGGACGCGUACUACACGCCGCGGCAGCGCUCUGGGGGCUCCGGCGCCGGCGGCGGGGCCGGCAGUGGCGUGUACGGCGAGACGUGGAGCGAGGCGAGCGCGUCCAGCCCGCCCACCACCACAACGGCUUCCCGCCGCAGCCUCCCCAGCAUGACCAGCGACUUCUUUCCCCCGGUCGCCGCCAUCGCCGCGCUCCCGCCGCCCCCACGGUCCCGCCGCACGCGCACGCCCCCGCGCACGCGCUUCUCCACUGGCUCCACCCCCGACGCCAAACAGGCAAUCUCGCCAUCCCCGCGGCCGGUGCAACCCUCCAACCCACCUUCACGGCCACCGCCACCACCUCCUCCUCCUCCUCCUCCACCACCACCGACAGCGCCGCCCAAGUCCAACACAGCUCCAAGACCACCACCUCCUCCACCACCGCCACCGAUGGCGUCAACCAAUAGCCUCCCUCCAAAGACGGGGGAGCCGACAUCCAGGCGCCGGUUGCUGAAGCCGCUGCCGCCGGAAGGGCCCCGCAUUGCCAUGCCGAUGCCGAUCACGGCGGCGGCAGCGGCGGAGAACAACGGGAGCACGUCGAUGCGGGCAGAGGACGACGCGGCCGGCGGCCUGCCGAAGCUGAAGCCGCUGCACUGGGACAAGGUGCGGGCGACCUCCGACCGCGCCAUGGUCUGGGACCAGCUCAAGUCAAGCUCAUUCCAGUUGGACGAGGACAUGAUCGAGGCGCUCUUCAUGAACAACUCCAUGCCCGCCGCGCCGCCGAGGGACACCGGGAGGAAGCCCGCCGUGCCGCCGUUCAGGCAGGAGGAGAGGGUGCUCGACCCCAAGAAAGCGCAGAACAUCGCCAUCUUGUUGCGCGCCUUGAAUGUCACGCGUGAGGAGGUCUCGGACGCGCUCCUGGAUGGCAAUGCUGAAUGCUUAGGCAGUGAGCUUUUGGAAACAUUAGUCAAGAUGUCACCUACUAAAGAGGAGGAGGUCAAACUACGAGAUUAUAGCGGCGACUUAGCGAAGCUGGGUACCGCAGAACGCUUUCUCAAGACUGUGCUGGAUAUACCUUUCGCCUUCAAAAGAGUCGACGCCAUGCUGUACCGAGCCAAUUUCGAGACUGAGAUAAAUUACCUAAGGAAGUCUUUUGAAACGCUAGAGGCAGCUUGUGAAGAUCUUAGGGGCAGUAGGUUGUUCCUAAAACUCCUUGAAGCAGUGCUGAGGACCGGGAAUCGGAUGAAUGUCGGCACGAACCGGGGUGAGGCUAAAGCCUUUAAGCUUGACACCCUCCUCAAGCUCGCAGACGUCAAGGGAGCUGAUGGCAAAACCACGCUGCUGCACUUUGUUGUCCAAGAAAUGAUCCGAUCAGAAGACGCGAAACCUGAAAAGGAAAAUACCACAGCCACCAGCUCUAAAGAUAAAGGCCUGAAGGUUGUGUGCGGGCUGAGCAGCGAGCUCGGAAACGUCAAGAAGGCGGCUUCCAUGGACUUCGAUGUUCUGCACGGGUACGUCAGCAAGCUCGAAACAGGCCUCGAGAAGAUCAAGUCGGUGUUGCAGCUCGAGAGGCAAUGCACGCAGGGCCAGAGGUUCUUCACCGCGAUGCAGGGCUUUCUGAAGGAAGCCGACAAGGAGAUCGAGAUAGUGAGAGGCGAGGAGAAGCGGGCUCUGGGGAGAGUGAAAGACAUCACCGAUUACUUCCACGGGGACGCCGCGAAGGAGGAGGCGCACCCUCUGAGGAUUUUCAUGGUGGUGAGGGACUUCCUCUCGAUGUUGGAUCACGUCUGCAGGGAGGUUGGCCGGAUGCAGCAGGACAGAACCGUCGUCGGGUCGGCGAGGUCGUUCCGUGUUUCGACGACAGCCCCGUUGCCGGUCCUAAGCUUGUAUGGCCAACGGCGGCAGAACAACUCCGACGACGAUGAUGAUAGUAUGUCGUCGUAG